AUGGGGGACAGCUUGGAGGAGCGCCUACGCAGCCACGCAGAUGCAUUUGAUGGGUUGCUCUCUCUGAUCCCGGCUAAAUACUACUACGGAGAAGAUACGAGUGAUCAAUGGCAACGAAAAAAGCAAACCAAAGAGCAAGCUCGAAAUGCCAAACGUGCCAAAUUAGAUCCAAAUGCUGCGAAGACUGCUAAAGAUGUGAUGGACGAAAAUGCCCGCAAACGAAAGCGUGAAGAUGGGCAACCAGAUUCUGACGAGCACGAACUGGGCUCUGAAAAGCCCCGGGAGGGCUUAAAACGCGGCAACCACAAAACCAAAAAGCAGAAAAAGACAGAGAGCAUGGAAAACCAGCCACCUACGGAGUCGAUAGAUAAUACGCAGCCCACUGCUAGAAGUGAAACCGAUGGGCGCUUAAAAAAGAAGCAGGACCAGAAGGCUACAAAACAAGAACACAAGAAGCAGAAACAGGCCGAGAAGGCCGAAAAGCGUAAAGAGAAGAAAACGCAAAAAGAAAAGCAGCCAAAAGUUGUGCAGGACCAUCCAGAUACAGCACCUGAAAUGCCCGGGGAGUCGGAUCCCAGAUCACCAGAAGAGAACGACGACGACGAUGGUGCAGACGAAAUAGCUCCUAUCGAAGGCUUUUCUAUUCAAAAUGCUUCAGAUAAAUCAGAUAUCGAUUCAUCUGCGACUUCAUCACCAGCGGCCAAUUCUGCUCUUUUUGAUGCAUCCAAUCUUCCCUCAGGAAACUCUUCUAUAUCAUCGGCCAUUCCACCCACAGAAGAUAAUACCAGCAAUAAGAAGCAGGAGCAGACUUUGAAGCCAAAGACACCUAAAUCUACACCUGAAGAACUGAAGCAUCGCUUGCAGAAGCGCCUGGAUGAAUUGCGAGCCGCUCGCCACGCUGAUGGCUUUAAUGGAAAACCCGCCAAAAAUAGACAAGAGCUGAUUGAGGCUAGGCGGCAACGCGAAGAGCAGCGUCGUGCUCAUAAGAAAGAAAUGCGCCAGAAAGCCAAAGAUGAAGAACAAAGAUUGCGUGACGAGGCUAUCGCCAAGCGAUUUUCAUCCAAGGGCUCAUUACUCGCAUCUCCCGGAUCUCCUGCAGAAUCUAUAACUUCAAUACAAAACAAUUUCUCAUUUGGCCGGGUUAUCUUUGCUGAUGGACAAACAACCGAUGCAAACUUAACAACUCUCCGCGAGCAGAAAAAGCACAGGGGUGCUCAGGACGCUACCACCGCCCUCAAAGCCGCAGAGGCCAAGAAAGAAAGACUGGCCUCGCUGGAUGAGAAGAAAAGAGCAGACAUCGAAGAAAAAGAUAUGUGGCUCAAUGCGAAGAAAAGGGCGCACGGCGAGAAAGUGAAGGAUGAUGUAUCGUUGCUGAAGAAAGCCCUACAGAGGAAAGAGAGCAUCAAAAAGAAGAGCGAGAAGCAGUGGAAAGAGAGAAUAGAAGGCGUGACGAAAAGUAAAGAUGCUCGACAAGCGAAGAGAGAAGAAAAUAUUCGGAAAAGAAGGGAGGAGAAAGGGAGCAAAGGGAAAAAAGGCAAGGCUAAAGCGAGGCCCGGUUUCGAGGGAAGCUUCAAAACUAAAGCAGGCGGGAAAAAGAAGUGA